AUGGAAUCCUUGAACAACCUGGUGAUUGAGAAUUCUGACAAGAAAAGCUCAUCACAUUCCAGAACCAAACCGAUAUUCAGUUCCAGCUUCUCAUGUUCGUUUGAAGAAGAUAACAUAGACAGACUAAUAUGCGACCUAGAGUUCUCUGAAACAGGGAGAACUAAGUCACCAGAAGGCUUCGAAAAUCUGAUUUCGAAACCUUUGAUCAGAAAUGCAGAAGAAGGACAGAUGGCAUCUCCUAAUGAAGCACGUAUCACUCCAUUAUUUCAUAGAGCCCUUUCUGUACAAGCUACUCCAACCAACAGCAGGGUAUGCACACGGUUGUUCGAAGGUGAUGCGAAGACAAGAUCAUCGAAGAAACAUACAUUUACCACAGGCGAACCUGAAAGGGACAUCAAACGUUCAAAACUCGUACACUAUGAAGUGAGUGAAGAAACUUUUAUUUCUCGUCCGGUAUCUCAUCUACAACAAGAUUCCACUCAAAAUGAGAAGAUCAUGAUGUGUGCCGUACAAAUAUCAUCUUCAGAACAAGAUAUGGUUGGUGACUUCAGUAGAAAUUGCAGUUUGCCGUUGAUUCAAGGUCGACAUCGUGAUCUCAAAGCGAUCUCUCCGCAAACCAUGGCCCAGCUCAUAAAGGGAUCAUUUAGAGAUGUUAUUGGUUCCUUCAAAAUUAUUGACUGCCGGUACCCGUAUGAGUUCGAAAGUGGACACAUCACUGGAGCUGUGAAUCUGUAUACCAGAGAGCAGUGCAUGCAGCUGCUAAAUAACAGUCAGAUCACUAUUGCACACUCUGGUAAAAGGGACAUUCUGCUCUUCCACUGUGAAUUUUCCAGUGAACGAGGACCUAAUCUGUACCGUUAUCUACGCAAAGAAGACCGGAAUAGGAACAAAGACAAUUAUCCAUCGCUGAAUUUCCCCGAGGUCUACCUGCUUGAAGGAGGUUACAAAAGUUUCUUCGAGCAAUACUCAGAAAUGU